CUUUCUUGUAAUAAAUGUAAAUAAAUUGCGUACAACGAAUAUAUCAAACAGACAUUGAUGACGGGAAGAUUUUCAUAGAUCAAGAAAUCUAAUUUGUAUUUAAUUUUACCGUUUGUAUUGAAUAACUGGUCAAAAUGCCUGACCAUUUAGGAGAUGAUAUGCGAAAAGUAAAAGACGAUAAAGAGGAGCCAGAAAAGGAAAUCAAAUCUCUGGAUGAAGGAGAUAUAGCAUUAUUAAAAUCAUAUGGACAAGGGCAAUACACAAAAAUUAUCAAAGAAGUUGAAGAAGGCAUUCAGACAGUCAUGAAGCGAGUCAAUGAAUUAACUGGCAUUAAAGAAUCGGACACUGGAUUAGCUCCACCAGCAUUGUGGGAUUUGGCAGCAGACAAACAAACUUUACAAAAUGAACAACCAUUACAAGUGGCAAGAUGUACAAAAAUCAUCAACGCAGAUUCAAAUGACCCAAAGUACAUCAUCAAUGUGAAACAGUUUGCAAAAUUUGUAGUUGACCUAGCAGAUUCUGUUGCACCCACUGACAUUGAAGAGGGAAUGAGAGUUGGUGUGGACCGCAACAAGUACCAAAUUCAUAUUCCUUUGCCUCCGAAGAUCGACCCUACUGUCACAAUGAUGCAGGUUGAAGAGAAGCCUGAUGUGACAUACAGUGACGUUGGUGGUUGUAAGGAGCAAAUUGAAAAGUUGAGAGAAGUUGUCGAAACACCUUUGUUGCAUCCUGAAAAGUUUGUGAAACUAGGUAUUGAGCCUCCAAAGGGCGUACUCCUCUUUGGACCACCAGGCACAGGCAAAACCCUAUGUGCCAGGGCUGUUGCCAACAGGACAGAUGCUUGUUUCAUCAGAGUUAUAGGUUCCGAGUUGGUACAGAAGUACGUUGGUGAAGGUGCAAGAAUGGUGCGCGAAUUGUUCGAGAUGGCGCGAAGCAAGAAGGCUUGUCUUAUCUUCUUCGACGAAAUAGACGCCAUCGGCGGUGCCAGGUUCGAUGACGGUGCCGGCGGCGACAAUGAGGUGCAAAGAACUAUGUUGGAGUUGAUCAACCAGCUGGACGGUUUCGACCCCCGUGGCAACAUCAAGGUCCUGAUGGCUACCAACAGGCCGGACACACUAGACCCGGCGCUCAUGCGUCCAGGUCGUCUAGAUCGUAAGGUGGAGUUCGGUCUACCCGACCUGGAAGGGCGCGCGCACAUAUUCCGCAUUCACGCCCGUUCCAUGAGCGUGGAGAGAGACAUCAGAUUCGAUCUGCUGGCGAGAUUGUGCCCCAACUCGACGGGCGCUGAGAUCAGAUCGGUGUGUACUGAAGCCGGUAUGUUUGCGAUCCGCGCUCGCCGUAAGGUCGCCACUGAGAAGGAUUUCCUUGAAGCGGUGAAUAAGGUCAUCAAAUCCUACGCCAAGUUCUCCGCCACUCCGCGCUACAUGACCUAUAACUAAACUUGUGCUGGUACUGCCUUGUCCAUGGUUUAGCAAGAGUCAAUAAACACUGAUAAAAUAAUAUUAGACUUUUUCUUGUAACUGAUAAAAACAGGUUUAUGAAAUGUUUAAAAUAACAUUUUCAUUUACUAAUAGCACUGUAAUUUAUUGUUUAUGAUCACGUGCUAUCGAUGUUGCUAUGAUGUAGUAAAAAGGUUAUAAUAUUUU